UCACGUUCUAAUCAUGAUGCCUGUCUAUUCUUUUAGAUGGAUGGGGUUUUGUAGUUUACUUUAAUCCUGUUCUUUGUGUCCAUCUAGAUGGCGAGGAAGCUUAGUGUGUUGGAAGUCCUUCUGAUCAUCUUCAUCCUAAUUGUAGUGGCCGUGGAUGUCCUGUUGCUGCUUCUCGUGGUGAAUCCUUCAGAUACUUCAUUUAUUCCGGAGUGCCCAGAAAUCCCCGAAUCAGAAAGGAUAGACUGUGCUCCUGGCCAGGAGGUGACAGAGGAUGUCUGCAGAUGGCAAUAUAAGUGCUGCUGGAAGCCGGUGCCAGACACUGCUGUCCCCAGGUGCUUCUUCCCCAGGAACUGGGGCUAUGAACUCAGCAGUUGGGUUAAAAAUACCAGCCCAGUGCUAACUGCCCAGUUGAGUAGGUUGCCGUCCCCAUCUCUGUUUGGAUAUGAUGUAAUCAACACCCUCUUCACGGCUGAAUAUCAGACAUCCAAUCGUUUUCAUUUUAAGAUCACUGAUUUCAAUAACGUACGCUAUGAAGUCCCCCAUGAAAACGUUCAGCAGUUUGAUGGGACUGCUAAUACCUCCAACCUGAACUACCGCAUGGAAGUCAUUAAUAAGCCCUUCAGCAUCAAAAUAAUGAGGACGAGCAACAAAAGAGUCUUGUUGGACACGGGCAUCGGGCCCCUCCAGUUCGCCCAGCAGUACCUGCAGCUGUCUUUCCGACUGCCCAGCGCCAACGUGUAUGGGUUGGGAGAGCACGUGCACCAGGAGUACCGCCGCAGCGUGGCCUGGAAGACCUGGCCCAUCUUCACCCGCGAUGCCACCCCCACCGAGGGCAUGAUUAAUCUGUAUGGAGCUCAUACCUUCUUCUUGUGCCUUGAAGACACCAGCGGCUCCUCUUUCGGGGUUUUUCUGAUGAACAGUAAUGCCAUGGAGGUCACCCUUCAGCCGGCUCCUGCGAUCACUUACCGCACCAUUGGGGGCAUUCUUGACUUCUACGUGUUCCUGGGAAAUACUCCAGAACAAGUGGUUCAGGAAUACCUGGAGCUUGUUGGACGACCAUUCUUGCCUCCCUACUGGAGUCUUGGGUUCCAGCUUAGUCGCAGGAAUUAUGGUGGCAUCGACGGAUUGAAAAAAGUUGUAGACCGAAAUCGUGCAGCUGAGAUUCCAUAUGAUGUCCAGUACUCUGACAUAGACUACAUGGAUGGAAAGAAGGACUUCACCAUUGAUAAGGUGGCGUACCCUGGUCUCUCAGAUUUUGCCGAAGAGUUACAUAAAUAUGGACUGAAAUAUGUAAUUAUUAUGAAUCCUGGCAUCUUAAAUAACUCUGACUACCAGCCUUAUAUGAAGGGAAGAGAAAAGAAAGUGUGGAUCUUAGGGAACAAAGGCGCUGUUGUUGGGCAGGGUUAUCCUGGAUGGACAGUCUUUCCUGAUUUUAGUAACCCAGAUUGUACUGAGUGGUGGGGAGAGCAGCUCAGUGAAUUUCAUAAAACUCUGGAGUUUGAUGGCGUGUGGAUUGACAUGGAUGAAGUAUCGAGCUUUGUCCAAAGUUCUGAUCACGAGUGUGAAAAGAACAACUUAAACUUUCCUCCUUUCACUCCUCGAGUCCUGGACCGCUUGCUUUUUGCAAGAACUCUCUGCAUGGACACAGAGUUUCACUGGGGCCUCCACUACGAUGUGCACAGCCUGUAUGGCUACUCCAUGGCCAGAGGCACAGACUCGGCCAUGGAGAAAAUCUUCCCCAGUAAAAGAAGCUUCAUCUUAUCCCGUUCUACUUUCGCUGGAUCUGGCAAAUUUGCUGGUCAUUGGUUGGGGGACAAUGCGGCCACAUGGAAUGAUCUCCGAUGGUCCAUCCCUGGUAUCCUUGAGUUCAGCCUCUUCGGCAUUCCCAUGGUAGGUGCCAACAUCUGCGGUUAUACAGAAAAUGUCACGGAGGAACUCUGCAGAAGGUGGAUGCAGCUUGGAGCAUUUUACCCACUAUCAAGAAAUCACAAUGGGCCUGGGUUCAGGGACCAGGAUCCUGCUGCCUUUAGUGAAAGCAACUCGACGCUGCUGGAUUCCUCCAGGCACUACCUGGGCAUCCGCUACACCCUGCUGCCCUACCUCUACACCCUCUUCUACCGAGCUCACACCCAGGGGGAGACGGUGGCAAGGCCCCUCGUCCACGAGUUCUACCAGGACCCAGCCACGUGGGAGGUGCACGAGCAGUUUCUGUGGGGGCCUGGACUCCUCAUCACGCCUGUGUUAUACGAAGGUCCGGGGCCCGUGAAAGCGUACAUACCGGACGCCACCUGGUACGACUAUGAGACAAGAGAAGCCAUCCAGUGGAGGAAACAAUUUGUGGAGAUGCUACUGCCGGAUGAUAGGAUAGGACUUCACCUGCGAGGGGGCUACAUCUUUCCCACCCAGCAGCCAAACACAACCACAGAGGUCAGUCGGAAGAAUUCCCUGGGACUCAUUAUUGCCUUGGACUAUAAAAGAGAAGCCAAGGGAGAGUUGUACUGGGAUGACGGUGUAUCUAAAGACGCUGUAACUAAAAAGAAUUAUACUCUGUAUGAUUUUUCUGUCACCUCUAACCGUCUACAGGCAAAGAUUAUAAAUAAUAUUUAUAUGGACCCCAACAACCUGAAAUUUACAGAUAUUAUAAUCUUGGGAAUGGACAAGCAACCUACUGACUUUAUCGUCUUCCAUAAUAAUGCCGCCACCUCCAUUUCAAAUGUUGUCUACAGUAAUUCAACAAAGGUGGUGAGCAUCACCGAUCUUGAGGGACUGGUACUAGGACAAGAAUUCUCCAUUGAGUGGAAGCUUCCUGUUAGUGACCUGGAGAAGUUCGACUGCUACCCUGAGGAGCCUGCUGUCUCCGAGGAGAGGUGCAGGCAACGGGGAUGCCUUUGGGAGCCCACAACUGUCCCUGGCGCGCCCACCUGUCACUAUGACACCAUCCCUAAUUAUGCUGCCAGUAACAUUCAGUACCUGCCUACGGGCAUCACCACAGACCUUUCCCUCCUAACGGCUCCUGAAGCAGCACGCGCGGCGGCACCGCCUCCAUCAUCGCAGGGAAAGCUCCUCCCACCUGCAGCUGCAGCAGCCGCCGCCUCUGAUCCUCUCUCUGCAGAGAUCAGCUUUCUCCGCCUGAGUGUGACCUACCACACAGAAAACACGCUGCAGUUCAAGAUCUAUGAUCCCAAUAAUAAAAGGUACGAGGUCCCCGUGCCUCUGAACACCCCUCCCUCUCCAGUCGGCUCCCCUGAAAACUGUCUGUAUGAUGUCAGCAUUCAAAGCAAUCCUUUCGGGAUCCAGAUUCGACGAAAAAGCUCCGGCACUGUGGUCUGGGACUCCCAGCUCCCCGGCUUCACCUUCAACGACAUGUUCCUUUCCAUCUCCACGCGCCUCCCCUCUAAGAACAUCUAUGGCUUUGGGGAAACCGAACACACAACUUUCAGGAGAAACAUCAGCUGGAACACGUGGGGGAUGUUUGCUCGAGAUGAGCCACCAGCGUACAAGAAGAAUUCCUACGGUGUCCACCCCUACUACAUGGCACUGGAGGCGGACGGCAGUGCCCAUGGAGUGCUCCUGCUAAACAGCAAUGCCAUGGAUGUGGCAUUCCAGCCCACUCCUGCCCUGACAUACCGCACCACAGGAGGAAUUUUGGACUUCUAUAUGUUUUUAGGGCCAACUCCUGAACUUGUAACUCAGCAAUACACUGAGUUGAUUGGUCGGCCAGCAAUGAUUCCGUACUGGGCCUUGGGAUUCCAGCUGAGUCGCUAUGGAUACCAGAAUGAUGCCGAAAUCUCCAGUUUGUAUGACGCCAUGGUGGCAGCUCAGAUUCCCUACGACGUCCAGCAUGUAGACAUCGAUUACAUGGACCGGAAGCUGGACUUCACCCUCAGCUCCAGCUUUCAAAAUCUCGGCCUCCUGAUUGAGCAAAUGAAGAAAAAUGGCAUGAGAUUUAUUCUCAUUCUGGACCCAGCCAUUUCUGGCAACGAGACCCAGUACCCCCCAUUCACCAGGGGGCAGGAGAACAACGUGUUCAUCAAAUGGCCAGACAACAGUGACAUUGUCUGGGGAAAGGUUUGGCCAGAUCUGCCCAAUGUGAAUGUGAGUGGAUCCCUUGACCAAGAAACUCAAGUUAAGCUGUACAGAGCCCACGUGGCUUUUCCUGACUUCUUGCGGAACAGCACGGCUGCGUGGUGGAAGAAGGAGAUAGGGGAGCUCUACGUGAACCCCCGAGAGCCGGAGAAGAGCUUGAAGUUUGAUGGACUGUGGCUUGAUAUGAACGAACCAUCAAACUUUGUGAAUGGCUCUGUCAGCGGCUGCAGGGAUGAGACUCUCAAUAACCCUCCCUAUAUGCCACAUUUGGAGUCCAGGGACAGGGGCCUGAGCAGCAAGACCCUGUGCAUGGAGAGCCAGCAGAUCCUGCCUGACGGCUCCCCGGUGCGGCACUACGACGUGCACAGCCUGUACGGCUGGGCCCAGACCAGACCCACAUACGAAGCUGUGCAGGAGGUGACAGGACAGCGAGGGAUCGUCAUCACUCGCUCCACAUUCCCCUCUUCUGGCCGCUGGGGAGGACACUGGCUGGGAGACAACACGGCCGCGUGGGACCAGCUGAGGAAAUCUAUCAUUGGCAUGAUGGAGUUCAGUCUCUUUGGAAUACCUUAUACAGGAGCAGACAUUUGCGGCUUCUUUGGAGAGGCUGAAUAUGAGAUGUGUGUUCGCUGGAUGCAGCUGGGGGCGUUUUAUCCAUUCUCCAGGAACCACAACACGUUCGGGACAAGGAGACAAGAUCCUGUGGCCUGGAACUCAACCUUUGAGAUGUUCUCAAGAAAAGCCCUCCAGACCAGAUACACCCUGCUGCCUUACCUCUAUACUCUGAUGCAUAAGGCUCACGUUGAGGGCACCACCGUAGUCCGACCCCUUCUCCAUGAGUUUACAAAGGAUGACACAACAUGGGAUAUAGACCGUCAGUUCAUGCUGGGUCCUGCCAUCUUAAUCAGCCCCGUGCUGGAAAGUAACACUUUUCAGAUCCGUGCUUAUUUUCCCAGAGCCCGUUGGUAUGACUAUAGCACGGAAUCUGGCAGUGAAUCGACAGGUGAGUGGAAAAUCCUGGAGGCUCCCCUUGACCAUAUCAACCUGCAUAUCCGAGGAGGCUACAUCCUGCCUUGGCAGGAGCCUGCAAUGAACACUCAGUCCAGUCGACAACAGUUUAUGGGAUUGAUUGUCGCUUUGGACACCAAUGGGAGAGCUGAAGGUCAGCUGUUCUGGGAUGAUGGACAAAGCAUUGACACCUAUGAAAAUGGAAACUACUUCUUGGCAAACUUUACAGCAGCUCAGAAUGUAUUGCAAAUCCAGACCAUACACAAUAAGUAUUUGAGUGACUCUAAUCCACUGAAAGUUGGAAGUAUUAGUAUCUGGGGCAUAAAUUCUACAUAUGUAACACAAGUCACUUGUACCUAUGACAACCAGCAAUUCAUGGUGAUGGAUUUCAAGAGUGACCCUUAUAAUCAGACACUAACUGUUCAAUUGACAGACAAGAUUAUCAGCCUGGAAAAAUUAACGGAGGUUACUUGGAUUCAUGGUGAUCCUACAGUUUCUACCACACCUAUGACAAGUACCUUGCCAAUGACUUCUUCUCAUCCGUCUACAUCUACUACGAAGGCUACCACUGCUGAUACUGUUACCACCGGUGCUGCUACAUCCAGUACCACGACUGCCAGCACUAGCGCCACUCUUCCUGUCACCACCACGUUUUACCCAACAAGUGCUACUCAAGCUACAACUGCUACUACCAUUUAUAACGCCACUACGCCUUCCUCUACAAAUACUACUACUGGUAGCCCCAAUGUUACCCAUCCUGCCACAACUGUGCCUUUCUCAACAACUACCACUGAAUUUACAACUGCUACUACCAUUUAUAAUACCACUACGCCUUCCCCUCCAAGUACUCCUCCUAGUAGCCCUAAUGUUACCCAUCCUGCCACAACCAUGCCUUUCUCAACAACUACCACUGAAUUCACAACUGCUGCUACCAUUUAUACCACUACGCCUUCCUCUACAAAUACUACUACUGGUGGCCCUAAUGCUACCCUUCCUGCCACAACCGUGCCUUUCUCAACAAAUGCCACUGAAUUCACAACUGCUGCUACCAUUUAUACCACUAUGCCUUCCUCUACAAAUACUACUACUGGUGGCCCUAAUGCUACCCUUCCUGCCACAACCGUGCCUUUCUCAACAAAUGCCACUGAAUUCACAACUGCUACUACCAUUUAUACCACUACGCCUUCCUCUACAAAUACUACUACUGGUGGCCCUAAUGCUACCCUUCCUGCCACAACCGUGCCUUUCUCAACAACUACCACUGAAUUCACAACUGCUGCUACCAUUUAUACCACUACACCUUCCUCUACAAAUACUACUACUGGUGGCCCUAAUGCUACCCUUCCUGCCACAACCGUGCCUUUCUCAACAAAUGCCACUGAAUUCACAACUGCUGCUACCAUUUAUACCACUACGCCUUCCUCUACAAAUACUACUACUGGUGGCCCUAAUGCUACCCUUCCUGCCACAACCGUGCCUUUCUCAACAAAUGCCACUGAAUUCACAACUGCUGCUACCAUUUAUACCACUACACCUUCCUCUACAAAUACUACUACUGGUGGCCCUAAUGCUACCCUUCCUGCCACAACCGUGCCUUUCUCAACAAAUGCCACUGAAUUCACAACUGCUGCUACCAUUUAUACCACUACGCCUUCCUCUACAAAUACUACUACUGGUGGCCCUAAUGCUACCCUUCCUGCCACAACCGUGCCUUUCUCAACAAAUGCCACUGAAUUCACAACUGCUGCUACCAUUUAUACCACUACUAUUACAAAUAUUACCUUAUAUGUUUUAAAUACCUCUACUCCUGAUAGAACAACAAUGGAUGCUUCUGCUGUUGCGUCUUCUUACACUGCAAAUGUCAUAAAUGCUUCUCUAGUUCCAGAAUUACUACUCAAGGCAGCAUAAUUCCUACAGACAUCUCUUUAAAACAGAUAUUGCAGAUAGAAGAUAAUCAAUUAACCAAUAUGUGGCUCAUUGCUACAGAAGUUUUCACAAAUAUUAGCACUAGCUUUUACUAAUAUGGCUACUCCAAAUGCUGUAGACAUUGCAGAGACAUCUAAAGAUGUAUUCAUUACUAACUGCGUAAGUGUAAUUUAAGAAGUUGUGAAUACUUCUUUUGCAGCCAGAAUAGGUAAUACUAUUUAAAAAAUUAUAACUCCUAUACCCCAGCAAUUAAACAAUAGAUAUUUUAUAUAUCUUUGCUACAGACUCCACAGAUGAUUUUUCUCUCCCAGAUAAAAUCACAUUGGCUGUAGUUAUUGAAAUAACCCAACUUGUUCUUUGGUUAGAGGAGAUAAUGCCUUAAUGAGAACACUGAUAGUAGCUGGCAAUCAAAUGACCACCAUGGUAGCAGCUAUUAAUAUUAUAGUAGAUUAUUUCAUUAUUAAUGCUGAAAGUCACACUUUAUUCUCCUAUGGAUUUUCCCCAUACCAUGACUACCAAUAUGGUAAUUUGCCAUUCUACGUCCUGAAACUAUUGUUGCUUCUAAAGAGAGCCUAGCUGUAACUAUAGAUAUGGAAAAUGCUGCCAUUGGAGAUCAUGUAUAUACUUUGACUCUUGGAACUGAGAUAAUUAGAAAUAUUAUGUUACUUUUGCUAUCAUAGAAAACAAGAAUAGAAUUAUAGAUGUUAAAAACGUAACUCCCAAAGUUUGCAACCAUUAUUUUCACAGGUACUAUUGAUAAUCUUACUACAGAUUUGGUAUUUCUAUUUAUAAACACUAAACGUACUUCCAGGAACUUACAAUUAAACUUAUAUAAUUUCUUAGAGAUAAUCUUAGGCUGCUGCUGUUACCACUAAUGACUGAAUGUACUUACCAUGCUCUGAGUUUUCUAUAGACCAGAAAUAGCCCAGACAGAGAUGAGUGUGUAGAGAUAUGGCAGAGGGGAGACAGUUUCUGCUCUUCAGAUCGGAGUUCAUAAUCUUGUUUGCUCUCUCUUUUAUUUACCAGCGUUUCCUUCUGUAUUUUACUGUCUAGACUCUCCUUCAGUGUGUUAGGACUUUCCGCAGGUUCUUGGUCUUUCAUACCCAAAUUCACCAUUUAUUCUUGACCUGUUACUUUCUGAGAUCACCCAGACCCCUGUGAACAGAUUCAUGGUCAUAACCAAAUAUUGCCAUUUGGGUGCUACUGAAGGCUUAAUCCUAGGGCAGUUUUAUGAAAAUGUAGUCUGGGGAACCAUGGGAGGCCCCAAAACUUUGGGGUCCAUAAGGUUGAGCCUCUUUUCAUACUAAUACCACAGUGUUUUUGCCUUUUUCACCCAUUCUCUCAUGGGUAUACAGUGCCAUUUUCCAGAAACUAUGUUCUGUCACAACAGAUGAACAUAGAAACCAACACAAUCAUCUAGCUGUCUUUCAUUAAGACGCUAAACAGAUUUACAAAAUAUAAAACAAUGUCAUUCUUUUUGCUAACUUUUUUUUGUUUUGGAAAAUAACAGUUGUCUUUCAUUAAAAAUACAUUAUUUAUGUCAACAAGUACUUGAUAUUGUUAUUUUUAAUGAAUGAGGAAAUAAAUAUUUUACCAAAUAUUUUA